AUGCCUCGUGUUGCUGGCGCAUUUCGGAAAGGAAAAAGUUUUCUUCUCAAUUUCUUUCUUGAGUAUUUAUACAAUCUUCACAAGUCUCAACAGACGGACGCCAAUUUAGAAUGGUUAACCGACGACUGUCAAAUUCACGGAUUUCAUUGGAGAGCUGGUGUCAAAAGGGAUACCGUAGGGAUUUGGCUAUGGGGAGAACCGAUAAUGAUCGAAUCGAUAAGCGGAGAAACAUUUGCGGUUAUUCUGAUGGAUACACAAGGCACAUUUGACAAUUCUUCAACAUAUCAACAAUGUAUGACAGUUUUCGCGCUUUCCACAAUAGUAAGCAGCAUACAGAUAUAUAAUGUUGUGGAUAAUAUUCAAGAAGAUGCUCUACAACACUUAUCGUUGUUUGUGGAAUAUGGUCGAAUGGCGAUGGAACAAAAUACUAACUUUGGGAAACCAUUUCAGACUCUCGUUUUUUGUGUGAGGGACUUUAAGAAUCAGGAAGAGUACGAUUUAGGAGAAUUGGGCGGCACACAUUUUCUGUCAAAUGUUUUGCAGACAUCACCCGACCAGCCAGAUGAAAUUCGAACAGUUCGAGAAAGACUUCACGAGUAUUUCGAAGACAUCCAGUGCUAUUUAUUACCGCAUCCUGGCUACAGAGUAGCCGAGAGACAGAGUUUCAGAGGACACGUCAAAGAUUUGCGGCCAGUUUUCCGGGAAGAGCUUAAGAAAAUGGUGCCCAACCUUCUGGGACCCCAUGUUCUCAGGCCAAAAAUUGUGAACGGAAAACCGGUGACGUGCCGCAAAUUGAUACAGUAUUUCAAGGAAUACGCGAGCUCUUUCGACGGUGAAACUCUACCGGAGCCACUCAGCAUUCUUAAUGCAAACGCGAAAUUGAUUUGUAUUGAAGCAGCUCAUGAAGCGAAAGUCGCAUAUUCGCGAGGAAUGGAUAGAUCGACUAUGGGAACUCGAAUGAUGCCCGAGAAAAAGCUUCUUGAAGCUCAUAUAAAGCAUGGAAUCACCGCGUUGAAUAUUUAUGAUAAAUGCCCGAAAAUUGGAUCCAACGAAGUGCGAAGGAUACUUUUGGAGAAGUUGCAAGAAGAUAUUAAUGCUGAGCUUGAAAGAUAUAAAAGACUGAAUGAGGCUAAACGAGUUACCGGAUGUGCUUCAGCAAUGCUCGCUUGCGGUGAUUCCGUCUUCCUUGGAAUCGGUUUAGGGGGAGCUGCAGGAGGCGCCAUUGCUGGUUCGGUUCUGACGCUUCAAGCAGGCAUUGUUAGUCUCGGAAUCGUCGCAAUUCCCAUCUCACUAACCACUCUGUUUUUUAUCUGGGCGUACGUGUGGACAAAGCCUUAUUUCGAGAAUCUUGUCAAUCGGGAAAAAUAG